CGUCGUUGUCGUUGCCGUUGCCGUUGCCGUUGCCGUUCACCCGCGCGCUACGACGCUGCUACGCAGCAGUCGGGGGAGCGCGCAUCCUCCUCGUGCUGUCGAGGCACGUAGAGGAGAGAAACGUUCACGUACGUCUUUUCUCCUCUUCGUCCUCGACAUCGAGACACGCGGCGGCGGCGGCGGCGGCGGCGCACGGUCGUGGUGGAAAAAAAAGGCCGGGCGUCCAGUCAAGGUACGCCAACCGCCAGUUUUCCUCAGUUCCGCACGGCGAACGUGACGCGAUACAUCUCUCCCAGACCGCGUGCGCGCGCGCGCACGGAUGUCUCGCAUGCAAACACCGCGACUCUCCUGCGUCGUCUCUCUGGCUCUGGGUGAACUUGAACACCGCGCCGUCGAUCGCUCGAUCUCGUCGUCGUCGAUCUCGCACAUCAAAAGUCCUCGCCAAAAGUAAAGAGAGAUCAACGAUGAGAGCAGCCCGGCUGCUAGCAGUCCUGCUGGGAGCCCUGCUCGUCUGCACGAGUAUUCGGUAUGCCGAAAGCAGGUCGAAGAAGACUACGCAGCUGUCGCUGCAGAGCAAGGAGACCAACGUGGUGAACUUCAUGCGACUGCUGGUGAUGAGAUUAGUCUUCGGAGUGGCCACGGCGAUGGGGCUGGGUGAGAAUCUAUCGGGUGUGCUGGGUGGUAUUUUCGUGCCGCCCGGCGCCGAGGAUUACAACGAUUACGGCGAUGACGUCGACUUUGUACCUGAUUUGUUCUGAGACGGAUAUACAAUAAGCCUCGUAGCGUUUUAGGAUCUUGGCCCGAAUGAGAUCGCUCACCGAUCAAAUCGAUCUCUCUCUCUCUCUCUCUCUCUUUCUCUCUCUCUCUCUCUUUCUCUCUUUCCCUCUCUCUCUCUCCCUCUCUUUCUCUCUACUCGGACUACUCGGUUUUCUCUUCCCGCUCAAAAUUACGGGGCACUCGAUGGGACUCGUUUGUUCCGCACUUCGGAGAGGAUGCGUCUCUGAGAUUGUGAUGAUAUCAAACGAGAACGGACCGGAGGAGUAGACGAAUCAAUGAUUGAUUAAAGUGAGUGUACGAGAGCGUGCGCUUCGUAUGCGUAGUAAAAUUUAUGUUAUAUGUAGUAAAAAAGAUGUGUAAUAUGUGUAGCGAAAUUUACAUUUACAUUGACAUUACGUCGCGUGUAUUGCGCGAUUAAGAUGAAUUAACUGGCGCGCGAAAAUGCAAAAAGAAAGUGCGGAAACUCGUAGCGCAAGUAGCCGGAUGUAAUAAUUUUGCACUGCGGUAGAUGUACGGGUGACUUUGAGAAAGCACGGUGUCGAGCACGGGUUGCUCGGUGUUGCUGCGACAACGGAAUCAGCGGGAGACAUUCCGUUAACUCUGACUCCUCGUGUCAAUAGUACUGUAGUAGACGCGCGUACCGGCGCGAGAGAAUCUCGCGAAUUUUCCGCAAGAUUUCGUUUGCGAGCGCAACGCUGAACGGAUUGCGAUUACCUGGCAAGAUUUUUCUUUUGUCUCUCUCUCUCUCUCUCUCUCUCUCUCUCUCUCUCUCUCUCUUUUCUCAAGUGGCUCUCCGCGCCGUUAUUUGCCGUAAUUUCGGUAGAGCUAAUAGACGCGCAUCGGUUACCACGGAUGAAGAUGGAAUAGCGGCGAAUCGCUCGCUUCCGCUUUCUAUUUAACCCAUAUCAAGUGAACGUAACUAUCAACUCCAUCAGUUAUGGUCCAGUGGGAUCAGCAUUUGCUGAUCACCGAUUGGAAAUUCUCGCGCGUAAACACGAGGUUCUACUCUGUGAAAGCGGUGUAGACUAGUUUUUCGCGGAUCACCGAUCAAAUCGAGCGAACCGUUCGCAACAUUAGACUGUGGACUGUGGACACGGUUCGUUGAAAUAAAUUCGAACGCAAAUAAAUUUGGACUUAUACUUUCAGAGUUCAAGUGAAUGAUAAAAAUAAGUGACGGUGUAUUAUUGCUAGAAAUUAACGCGAGAUAGAUCAGAGAGAAACGUUUCGUGAGUAUCGUCAAGUGAAACGGAAAGCGCGCAGCACCUCGGACGGAAGAAAACGGAGCGUCGUUACACUUGUGCUAAAAGUGCAUUUUACAUCCGUUGUUUCAGCAACAACCACCGGCAGGUUCAGUCGCAAUUUGUGUGUGUGUGUGUGUGUGUGUGUGCGCGCGCGCGCGCGCGCAUGUGCAUGUGUAUCAAUGUUUCGAUAUGAUUCUAAAUAUAUCUGUCCGAUGUAUCGUUAGUCCUUUUUCGUCGAAACUUUUUCAUUCUUGCGAACAAAAAGAAAGCCAAAAACAAAAAUCUCUCAAUUACUUUUCGUCUCGUGUAUCUCUUUUUUAUCGCAAGGCAAAGUUUAAACUAUAAACGCAUUUGCAUCGUGUUCUUUGAUAUAAAAAGAAAGAAACAUGAAUUUGUCAAAAGUCAAAACGACGCAAUGAUAACUAAGUUAUUUAUUUACUUUAAUUUUAGAUAUUUUUCACAUGAUGAUAUCAAAGCGAUACUCUGCUCGCGUGUAAACGAUGCGUGAUGUGCAUUGCGACAAUAGUUACAGUCACCGUCGAAGAAACUGUUGCGCGACGAACUUGUGACCGAAAGAAAAAGAAACUGACGUUUGACACAUUGGUUCUGAUCCUCACACAUUUCGAGUCUUUUGACAUGAAUGGCGCCGCUCGAGCUCACGUGCGAGCAUUCCGCUAACGGUUCGACGGAGCGACGUGUGCUAAUUACACAGUGAACCAAUGUCCUUGAAGAAGAGAAUUCGCCGUGCACGCCUGUGUGUAGCAGUUUACGUUUUGUGUGUCACACAUCGUCCAGAUUAACACGCUAUGAGUACCGUGACACCAUAGAGGCCGUAGUUUAGCAAUACGAUAAAAUAAAUAAGCGCAUCUCGGCAGUGUAGAUCUUAUAAAA